CCAACUCAUUUCGCACUCAUUCCAAAUCCACCGACCAAACUUGGUGCACCUCUCCUGCCGCCUCAUUCCCCCUUUCUCCGCCACGACGGACGGACGGUCAUCAGGCUCCACGGAGAGAGAGAGAGAGCGAGACCCUCAGAUAACCAGCAGCCAAGACAUCCUCCUCCUCCUCCUCCUCUUCUGGUGAUCUACACCCGCUCAACUCGUCAACACUGACACAAUCGUUCCUUAUUCAGCCACUUUUUUGCACUCAUCCAUACUGCCAAAUCAUAUCACCAUCACGCCAUCACCGCGGCCGCUGACGCCGCGACCACGACUCGGCAUGUUCUUGUAGUGAUAUGCACGAUUCUUAUCAAAAGAGAGGAGUCGUCCCACGUCGUCUGCACAGAAGGUUUGAAACCGACGACCGUGUUGGCAGGAAUCUCUGACACUACAACAAAAGUACAUCCUUCGUGGUGGGUUGGAUGGAGAUAAGUGAAAGCGGAAUGUGUUCCCGCACUCUGAGAAGAACUGCUCUUCCUCGUAGUCUUCGUGGCAUGGACUCGUGUGUGGCAAAGACAGCAGGAAAAGGAGCCGCAGCAGAAAAUAGUGGGAGAGUCGUCGGUGGUGGAGUGCAUGGUUCUUGUCUCAUGUCCCACUUUGUUCACUUUGUUUAGUAUAUGUCUACCACUGCACUUUCACUUAGCACAGAGGAAGAAUUAUAGGUACGUAAAUCAAUGCAUAAGCAUUAGUCGCAGGAAAUAGAAACGUGCUUUUCUUGUAGACAACCUAUUUAAAGGAGAAUGCGAAAACGGUGAUGGUGAGAAUAUGUUCACGCUGAAUUCAGAUUCAGACACCGUCAUCAUCACCAUAAUUUCCCCCCUGCUCUACCUGCCUUUUUCCUCCUCCUCCUCCUCCCGUAGUUGAUAUUUGCCAUGCAUUUAACCAAGCAUUCCAUACGAUUGAGUCCAGUGUGAAAAAAGCGCUAUGAGAUGAUGUUAAGUACGUUUGUUAGUGUUUGUAGUGACUGAUUAUGAGUAUGCUCUUGUUCUAGCCAUUACAUAACAUGUAUUUUGACGAGUAAACGAGAAUGAGUGUAAAUGAGACUCCCCAUACAUACAUGCAUUCAUCCCAUUUCCCCCGACGUGGGUGGUUGCUGAUUGAUUGAGUGAAAGUUGAAACAUACGGCUGCUCUUAUGGUCUUGUGCUACUACCUCAUGGACUCAUCCUCUCCAAAUCCACAUACUAAAUAUAUAUAUAUAUACGUAUCUAGCACGAUAAGAGAUAGAUAUAUGUAGGAUAAGCUGCUGCUGUAUUGCAACUUCUUGAUUUCCUCCAUUCACUGCCAAAGCACCCAAUACAUUUUCUGUGAUGGAAAAACAGACCGUUGGUUCAUCAACGGAUCGCUGGCAACGGCCACCGUCGCGUGGAAGCGGCCUUCUGCCCCAGCCUUCACACAAUCAGUCCGGCCCUGCCAUUUCUCCUUCCGGGAUCGUUUCCGGUGGUGGUGGGGGAUCAAAAGCAGCAACAACGAGUUCACAUCUUCAUGCUCAGGGGCAAUCACAUCACCCCUCAACCUCAUCCUCUCUUCAUCACCAGCAGCACCAGCCGACGACUUCCACUGCUCCUCCGCAACUCCUCCCACGCAAGAAGAGUGUCCUGGUUUGUGGGGGGGCUGGUGGUGGGCGAGACGAGCAUCAGCAUCAUGUCAUGAUGUCCCCACCACCUGGUGGCAUGAACAGUGAACAGCGGUCACAACGGGGUGGGGGCGGUCAACAGGGGGGUGGAGUGCCACCACAGUCUCAGGGAACUUCCGGUGAUAUCACUACUGCCACUGCCAUUGUGCACCAACACGACCCAGACACACUCGAAUCGUGUUCAAGAAGCCCACUUUUGUGUCUCAUUUGCAACAAAGUGUACGAAGACCCACGUCUCCUCUCCUGCUACCAUUCCUUCUGUGCCAAGUGCUUGCCUGGAAGACUGGGAGAUGCGAAGCUCGUGUGUCCUCUCUGCGGGAAGCCAACACCUUUAAAAGACGGAACAGGUCCACCGAGCGAUCACCUUUUGCGUUUUCUGCUUCACUCCUCGCCCGAUAUUCAUCCCUCAUGUGCUAACUGUGAUAACAAGAGCAGAGCUCCCAUGUACUAUUGUAAUACUUGCGGACAAGUACUUUGUAACGGAUGCAGGGAAGAAACCCAUCGUGCCAAAAUGUUCUCAACUCACGACAUCAUUCCAGUGUCCAAGUAUACGAAAGAUACACCGAAAAAGUGCUCAGUUCACGGCGAGCAAUUCAUUAUGUUCUCAAACCUACAAAAAACAAUGCUUUGUAUAAAUUGCUACCGAGAUACGGCCAUGGAAGGCCGACUUCAUUGCGUCGAUCUGGAGACGGCUUAUUCACAAGGGUGUAAAAAAUUGGAUCGGGCUGUCAUGAGCCUGAGAGACCUCCAAGUCGCCGUUAGAGAUGGGAUUACUAUGCUGAAAAACGUGUUGGAAGAAUUGCGGAGAAAUUCGGAUUCUGAGAAAAGCGCUGUCAAUGCCGUUUGCCAGGUAAUACUCGACGCUCUGACCAAGACACAGGAAAAUUUAUUGAAGGAUGUGGAUUGCCAGAUGGAAGGGAAAGAUAAAGUGAUCAGGGGUCAACUGUGCCAGCUCCGAUCAGUCCUGCCGACAAUCAAACUUCAUCUCACCAUGUGCGCCACGAUAUCAAAUGCCACAAACAAAUACGACUUUCUGGACUUAGCCUAUCCUCUAAUAGAUCGUCUUAUGGCUAUUACUCACAUGGGCUCAGGUCACCACGCCAUCAGGCCGGGACUCAGCAGUCAGAUAAAAUCGACCUAUAAGGUAGAAAUGGCAAGAACAUUGGAACCCUGGGUGCAACCCUGGGUAUCUGGUGGGGCGCAUGGGGGUGGUGGGGCGACGACGUCAAAGUCCUCCUCCCAUCACCAUCUUCAAAAGGAUUAUACCCAGCCUGCCGACCCCUCGUUAAGCGAACCCAUGUAUUCUCAGUAUUUUCCAAUGUCGAGAUCCACAGUCACUCCCAUGGUUCAAAAGUCUCAAGUUUCUCAACUUGGAGGUGGAUAUGCAGCCCCGGCUGGUGCCGGUGGGGGCACUGGACCCCAAUCGGGGAGGAAGACCCCUGUGUUCAAAAGUGACCGACCAGACGAGCAUUUUGCAGCCCACUGCCGAUCUUUCACUGCUCAUGUUAACGAGCUUAAUCAACGACUGAGCCGACUUAAAGAGCAAGUUCAAGAACUCCACCGUGAUGUCACUCUCCAACGAGGUUCGUCACACACGGUCCGAGCAGCGAGUGCUUUAAGAGAAGGUCUUUUCUUGGAGGAUCAACUGGAAAGGCGACAUUCAGAAAUGGAAAGAAUACGGAAACAUCUUGAAAGUCAUUGGAAUGACAAUAUUCGACAGAUACGACUGGAGCAGGAAGUCUUCCAGUCUCAAAUAAACGAUCUCCUGGCGAUGAAGUCAGAAGUCAAACAGUUGAGCAGCCUACUCCAACAAUUGCAGUCGUUCCUCAAAUCCUUAAAUGUUCAUCCACCCCCUCAGCAGCAGCAGCCUGGUCGAGGAGGAGGCGGAGGAGGUGGUGGUGGUGCUGGACAUGGCGGGGCGUCGUCAUCUGGGGGCGGUGGUGGUGGAGGAAGCAGUGCUGGUGUUUCUGGGACAAGCGGAAUUGGAAAAAUGGCCACAACGACGUCUUCCUCCUCGGGUCAACAAGGGGUCAUUCAGCAUGGGCAGCCUAAUCGUCAAACACAACAGCAUGUUCACCAUUCCGGCGUUCCUGAUGCUUCCUCCAGCAGGACCGACAUUGGUUCGCAGGUAACUCCGUCAUUGGGAGAAAUGGCAUAUUUGGAGCAAUCUAAAGAUGGAGGCGUUGGGGGCCAGAGUCUGGGGCCAUCACAAAAAUCCGAUCCAAAUCGCCCAUUUGGAGCUCAGCAGCCCCAAAGACCCACUUCCUCUUCAAUGCCCACUCCAAGCGGAGGAUUAUCAACGGCCAAACAACAAUCCUUUCAACCUGCAGGCUUCGUUCCACGACCGUGUUACCAACAAAAACAACCCACUCAAGCAGAGAUGGAGUACAUUCAAGUGGACACUUCCUAUUCGCAUCCACCACAUCAGCAGCAGCAGCAGCAGUCACACUCGUCCAAGAUUGGUGGUCCGCCUCCUCAUCCCAAUCUUGGAGCCUCCGAAGCGUCGAUGAUGAAGUCGAAAGGGGUGCUAAGUCAGCUUAUAGAUAAAGUAAGAUUAAAAGAUGAUCGUAAAAAGAGUUCGGCAAGUGGUGUAAGCAGUUCCUCAUCCGGUGGCACACCUCACCCUCAGCCACCCGCAGUUCCUCCGUCAGCCUCGGCCCUAGCAGCUCGACGAGCUCUCACAAUGUACGAUGCUCAAUGUCAAUUCGGUCUGGAUUCGUCCUCUGCGGUAUCCGCCCUGGCAAAGUCCAAUCUCAAGCGAGGUGUUCAAAGUGGCGAACCUGCUGCUUCUUCAACUUCUUUUUCCCACCAACGACAUGAAUCUCGGCCUACAUACCAAAGAGCAAAGUCAUUUGUCAAGUCGAAAAGUGACGAUGAGCGUGGUCAGCUUAUCGACAACAAAUUAUCACACCAACGUGCUCGCAGUGCAGGUCAUUUGGAAACGGAAACUUUACUCAGGUCUUUAUCGUCCGGAUCGAAGGAUGCUACACGAAUUAUUGAACUCUAUCAAAGCUUAUCCAAGACAAUUAUGGAGCGAGAGAAUCAGCAAUUCCAGAGUCGCACACCGUAUCCUUCACAAAUCUACAACCCGUACUCAUUGGAUCAGCCCAUCUACUUUGAUUCCCGAUAUGAAAAGUAUGGUACGUCCUCGUUCAUGGGGACAAUUCCCCCUAAAUCAUCCAGCAGUGCAGGUUCCUUCCCAUACGGGCAAUCCAACAGUUUAGGUCGUACCCACUCUUCUAAUAGCAGGCAAGGGCCAACAACACCCUUCCGUUCCUCGUCUCAUCCUCGCCCCCAAGAAAGUCUCACUGCCACCAGCGAGGAUGACUACCAGCAAAUUUCCUUCAACUUUCGUAGUCUACCAAUGGCCCGAUCUCAUUCUGCCCCUCCUCGCAAGCCUACCCAGGAACAUAGAUCCUCUGGUGGUGGUGGGGGUGGUCAAUUUGGUGGUGGGGCUGGUUCUUCAACAGAGGUGAAAGUAUUUGUUCAUGAAGAACCCCAUUCGUCGACCUCUUCCCACCACCACCACCAACAGCACCACCAUUCUCGUCACACUGCCUCCCGAUCACCUUCUCCUUCCGCUGCCGCAUUGUCCAAGAGUUUGGAGGAGUCCUUUUUGUAUGGCUACUUGUCUCAACAUCACGGGAGUGGAGGAGGAGGACUAACUUCCUCAUCCUCUGGUCAAUCUGGCGUGGGUGGUGGUGGUGGUUUCACACCAUCACCGCUCGGGAAAAAGCCGUCCUCAGCGGAAAGCCUUGUUUCUCUGGGUGCAAUGGAUACAGAUGGUCAGAGUAGGAAAUCGAGCAUUGAUUUUGAUCGUCGGUCUGUUGUGACUGUUCGAAGGGCAGGAUCCAACCAAGGAUCCAAGUCUGCCCUCCUGACUCGCCAACAUUCAUGGGAAGGAGGUGCUCAACUGUCUGGGACGAGAGAACACUCCAUGUCCACGCCACAUCUGUCUCCCACUGCAGAUGAUCCGUUUGAGAACAGGAGCGGUGCUGCUCAGAGUGCAUCACGGGGUGGUGGUGUCAGGGCAUCUGCUUCAUCUUCUCAUUCUCGGAGACGCUCUAGGAUUUAUGAUGAUGAUGAAGAUGACCUCGUUGUUGGCAACACGCUGCACAAAGCCGACAGUUUCGAAGGGCAUGAAGAAGCCGUUCGCUCCAUCGUUGCCGCAGUACAGGAGACCAGAACGUUACAAAGGCGAUUACAGUCCAACUAACUCGAUUCAAAUUUAUUCUGUGUCCCAUAGAGCCCAUAGUAUUUAGUCGUCUUUGAUGUUCGUUAUCUGGCGCAGAUUGUAUGUAAGUGUAUAAUUAUAUAAGCAGGGUCUAUCUAUCUCCCUCAUGUCUAACUUGUCUUCAACAAAGACGACGACGACAAGAAAUUGCAAAUCUCUAGAUUAUUAUUCUAAUUGGUACCUUCUACUUAACAUUUAUUGUGAUUCUAAUUCGUACAUUCCUAACUAUAUACCCACGACAUAAUCCCUUAUCAAAAGCAUUCGUGAGAUUAACUACACUCCUCCUCCUCCUCCUCCUCCUCCACCAAAUCUGCUCUUCUAAGGUACAUAUGUAUAUGCCCCUCAUUGCACUAGACUCGGAAAUACAAACUGUACAAGUACAACGCACUUGAAAAUGAGAUUGAAUAAAAAAUACAACAAAGAAA